AUGCAGAAGUCUAUUGGAGUAGUUUGCAUAUCACUAAUUUUCUGCGCAGCUCUGUCAGAAACAAUUGGAUUAGUGAUUGCGGUAGGUCAACAUUUUAUUGUAUUUGGCAAAAUGUUGUCUAAAAUGCUGUGAUUUUCUCGUUGUUUUAACUAGAAGUAGGCAUAGGCUAUUGCAAACAACAUUACAAUUAUAUGAACAUUUUAACCUAUUACAUAGACAUAACAUCAUAACAAGGCAUUGAGAGAAUCGAGUUAUUUCAAUAUAGUAAGGUUGAGCAAUUGGCAUUCAGAAAAUGUAAUAAUUUAUUAACAAAUGAAAUACGGUAGUGUAAGCUGUGUGUGUGUUUGUUGAGUUAACUGAUGAGUGUACAGUGUGUAUAAUGAAUCUGAUUUAAGCAAAUGUGUGUGUGUGUGUGUGUGUGUGUGUGUGUGUGUGUGUGUGUGUGUGUGUGUGUGUGUGUGUGUGUGUGUGUGUGUGUGAUCACAGGCUAAAGAGAAGCGAGGGUGGACACUGAACAGUGCUGGCUACCUUUUGGGUCCCCGUAAGUGACUUCUAACUUAUUAACAAUAUAUACAUGUACAGCCUCUCAAUCACAACAGUAAACUCCAUUCUCAUAGUUUUAACCUCCUACACACCUGUGCUAUGUCAAUUAUCAUGCUCUCCUCAUAUUUGUUUCCCCAUUGUAUACUUUUUCACAUUUCACCUGGCUGUGUGAUGUGGCAUGAUGGUUUCCAACACACUUGUUCUGUAUAAUUAUUGGACUUUUAAGUCAUUAUCCCUGACUAUAUUCACUAUAUUAUAAUAUUUUGGAAGUUAUCUGCUUUACACAGGAUAACCUACUUAUUCCUAAGGUUAAUGGAUUCUUGUCAACAAAGAAUGAGGAUAUAUCCUAAACUAGUUUAAUUUUCAAACACAAAUACAAUAUGCAGCACCUCUGUCAUAUGCAACAUUGUACUUUUAACGGAGGAUUUAUUUAAAUAUCACAUUUAAUUCAAUCUGUCUGCUGAUUGUCAAUGAUGGUAAGUGGUUAACUGCACAAGGUUAAUUUAAACAUCUCAAUACUCAGGAUGCACUACUUUAUAGACACAGGUCAGUGUUGUAAGUUUAGGUAAAAUGCCAUCAUCCCUGUGUUUCAGGUCGUAUUGAUCACCUAAUACAGAUAAAGGAUAAUCCCAGCGUAAGGGGGAGAGAAGAACUGCUAAGUCAAUGUAAGAUAGCUCCUGCAGGACAUUGGAGUCAGCAGAGGAAUUGCUCUGUGACGCAUCGCUCUGCGUGCUUAUUUAUUGUUUGCAGAUUAAACAUAUUUCAUGUCUCAUAAUGUAUUAAACGACCAAGCAGAGAGGUGUUUUAUCACGGCCAUGGUCCCUUUAUGUUGGUUUAUUUUUCUACCUGUUUAUUAAUUAUUAAAUUGUCAUACAGGAGCUUUAAUCUCAGAAAGGCACUGUGAGAACAAAUACAAUGAUGAUAAUGUUAUUUUAGUAUUUAAUUAUACUUGAUGUGUGAUGACUGACUGAGGCUAUGGGUUAAGGUCAAAAUUCAAGGAUUACAAUUCAGAUAAUUAGUGCACUUAUAUGAUUGUUCAGUGCAUUUUCCCUAGCCCUCUUGACUUAAACCUCUAUUAAAGUGUUUGAAGGGGAGUGGUAUUGCAACCAUUUUCUGGUCUGCUCCAUGCCCCUUUGGCUAUAAAUAAAAAACAUAAGCAAUGUGCUCUCUGAGAUGGACAGUGAAUGAAAUGACUCUCCAAACUUUAAUUUAGCCUACCUUUCUUGGUUUUUAUGUCUUUUUUUCUUAGCAUGUGGUUGGACAGUUCCUUAAUAUUUUUUUCAUUUUUAGGUUCUGUUUCCAUUCACAAAUGUGUAUGUCUUUCCUUCACUUAUUCCAUUGGUGAAUAUAAGUUGUAAAGCAAUUCCGUGACUCAAGCCCUGCAGGUUGCUUUUCAGACUCAUGACAGAUAAAAGGAAAAAUGCACCCUCAUAAAUUACAAGGGUGCGUUGAGGCUUUAGGCAGGGUUGCGGUGUUUGUGCGUGGUGUGCAAUGAAGGGGAUUUCAUCAAGGGAAUGGGUGAAAGUCGGCUGUGCAAAACUAUGAUUUUGUAUUGUUGUUCAGAUGGCAUCGACGGUCACCGGACGCUCAUUGACAAGCAUGGCCUUGCUGGUAAGAGAGACAUGCCCCGGGACUAUGACUUAAAAUCAGGUGAGAAGCUCUAACAGCCAUGUAAAAUCCGGGGCUUGUAGCCUACAGUUUAUUGACCCUAUGAGAGGGCAAAUACAACGUUUAGAGUACUGAUGUACCGUACAGUAAUACUGCUUUACUCAGUAGUCUUCUACACCUCAUGACAAGCUCUAAUUUUGCAGGUUCCUUGAGAAUAACAGAUGAGGAUGUAUUACACAAUGUCAUUGAUUUCUUAUCAUACAUGCAACUUAAAGGUGAGUUGAUGAUGUCUGUUAUGAAUGUUUAAUUACAACAAUUAAUUACAGCAAAAUGUUUGACUGCAUAGGAGUUUUAUUCAUAUCAUAAACAGUUAGGUUGACGUGUUCCAGAGUAAAAUGUUCAUAUUUUUCAUAUGGUCUGAUUAUAUUUGUAUUUAAUAUUUACAGAUUACAUUUGUAGUCAAGAUUGCUGGCUGUAUAUAGUUCAAACAUAUUUGGAACAGAACAACUUACUAGCAUAGUCCUAAUCAGUUAUAACCAUCUGACUGUGCUCACUCAAAUGUUUUGUCAUCAACCUUGCAGAAAUCGGAGCUCUGGAUACCCUGCCAUCCUCGCUCACAUCCGAAGAGAUGAGUCAGCCCUAG